AUGGAACGCGAAUUACUACUCAACAAGCACAAGAAGAAUGUUGAGGGUGAUAACGAUAGCAAUCUCAAGCGAUACAAACUGAACAUCGACUCAUCAAGAUCACUCUUCACAAAGAUCAAGUCAUCAAUCCCAACAAACAACAACAACAGCAGCAGCAGUAGCAGCGACCGACAUGCUGGAGCUCUCAAGUCUCCCAAUACCAUCAUCUCAAACAAACCAUCAACUCGAAUAUCAAAAGGAAAGCUAAAGAAACGAGUGCGAGCAGAAAUCACCCAAAGACCCAUCCCAGUCAUCGAGACCGUCUUUGUCUCUCAAGCUCAACCAAACAACUUCACCCAACAAGCCAAACCAUCCCAACCACGAACACUUGACCAUCUAGCCCCUACCUCCCAUCAGGAGUUCGCGUCGGUCGUCAACAGCCUCAAGCGCUCGAUCAGCAAUCCAACUAAACCUCUCCUACCCAAAUUAAACCAAUCAGGCAGCUCGGGGAGCUACUUCUGUCGAGAUUACAUCAACCAAUCUUCAUCUACUUCCCUCCAUCAAAAUAAUCAGGAUACCAAUCCUGAGAAGAUAGAGAUCGUGGGGAUCUUCAAACCAAAGGAUGAAGAACCUUAUGGGGCGAUGAAUCCUAAAUGGACCAAGUGGGCCCAUCGCGUCUUUCUGGCUCCUCUUAUCGGUGGAUUUGGUCGAGGUUGUUUAAUUCCCAAUCUUUCUUACCUGAGUGAGGCAGCAGCAUCGUUGUUGGACAGAAGAUUGAAGACGUUCAUAGUGCCUAGAACAGAAGUCAUCUCAAUCAGUUCACCGACGUUUUUCUACUCUUGGUUAGAUCUGCGCAAACCGGAACUACCGGCAAAACCAGGCAGUUUUCAAUUGUUCUGUCAGGGGUUUCAAGAUGCUUCGAUUUUCUUGAAGAAACAUCCCUGGCCAGGUUUUCCCAUCAGUGAAGAUCAGACCGAGAACAUCAGGAAGAAACCUAGGAGAUUCAGUUUAUUUCGAUUGCUCUGUGGGCAUAGAAGAAAUCGAGACACGGACUCAGAAGAUGAAGACCCGACAUUCGUUGAGCACACUCCUGAUCCUCUUCCCAAGGUGCGCUCCUGUACAGGUAGCUGCCGAGAUCACAACAAAGAUUGGGUUUGGACGUUUGAAUUGAUGGAAGAUUUUCGAAUCGAGAUGGAAAAACUAGUCAUAUUGGACUAUCUGAUGCGAAACACCGACAGAGGUCUAGACAAUUUUAUGAUCAAAGUGUGUAAUGCACCAAGUUGCACAAAUCGUCGACAUGUCAAAACGUCUAACACGUCGCCCUCGACCAGCACGAUUCCACAAGGUGAAAAUACCAACCAAGAACCAACAAGUGAGGAUUAUCAGCAUCGUCCUCAUUGCCAUGUUGCGGCGAUCGAUAACUCUUUAGCUUUUCCUCACCACCAUCCCAACGGCUGGCGAGAAUACGCAUAUGGAUGGCUAUUCUUACCAGCAUCAUUGAUAGGACAGCCAUUCUCACGUACCACGCGGGAGUACUUUCUUCCUCUACUGACCUCCCAACAGUGGUGGGCAGAAACUGUACACGAGUUACGGAAGCUGUUUGGAAUCGAUCCCGAUUUCAAUGUCCAAAUGUUUGAACGACAGAUGGCGGUGAUGAAAGGACAGGCUUGGAACAUUGUCGAAAGCCUCAAGCAUGAGGAGGAGGGGCCAUUAGAGUUGUGUCGGAGGCAGAAGGCAUUAGUGUGGGAUGAACCUGUACAGGUGGUCUGGGAUGAGCUCGAUCAGGCAAUCGAUUUUGACUCUCCCGGAGAGAUCGAUCACGGAUCAGGAGAGCUCCAAUCUACUAGUGCACCAGCCAGCCAAUCUUACUUCCCAACUCCCCCCAUGAAAAUCGUCACACCCAGCAAGCGACCGGCCAUACGGCGUGGAUGGUCUUCUCGAACAUCAGGGAGUCACAAAAUUCCUCCCCGUCCAGUCGGAUUAGCCUCCCACCAUCUGGCACUCGACGGAGCAAGAGGAUUGGACGUGAUGAAACAGAUGGAUGCCUUAGAGGCCUGGCACACCGAAUCUGAGAUCGAUGUUCCAAGCUUUCGAAGCCAUCAACGAGCUCAACAUCGUUCGACUCUCAAACCCCGCUCUCUUCAUCAUCUUACAAAACCACGCUCUCAAGAUCAGCAAGACCCGGAAUUUGAGGGGCGAAGGGUCAGCGGAGACGAACAACCAAGCGCCCCGAAUGGCUUACUGCCCUCGCGAAGGACCAAGAGCAUCAACAACAUCACCGCCGUCGAUGAGGCUCGCCCCCUCCUUCAGGCUCAUCGUGCCAAGAUCCAGAGUCGAAUCGAGCGGGGCAAACUGGGCCUGAUCUCAAUCCGCUCCAAUCCACAUGCAACCCGACUGGGAUCAUACAAGACCAAGAAAGCGAAAGCGGGACCAAGCCUGCCCGCUGAGGAACAAGUGUUCAGCGACCCUGAACCCGAUGCCGACGAUGAAGAGGACGAGGACCCAGAGGACCUCGAGAACAUCGACGCUGACGAGGAUGUCGAUGACGGUAGACAGAUUACUAUCGGUGUCGUCGAGAAACUCGAAUUCGUCGUAGCCCAACCAUUCUUCAAGAAUUGUUGAUCAACUCCAAAAAAAAUAAAACUCUUCGCAUCCCGGCUCCGAUAAAUAUGUUCCUUUUGUUGAUUUAUGGAGUAACAAUCCAAGCGGAUUCUUGCUCUUUUUGGGGCUCGGGGCUUUUAAAAGUAUAUAUAACGUCGGCGAGGUUAGUCGGCUGUUUUUUUGACUACUAUGAAGAUAUAUACGUGUUGCAUUCUCUUUCUCUUCACGAAUCAUAUUUUUCUCUAUCUUCUUCUGUUACUAAUGAUGUAAGUAUAUGUACAACCCUGCUUGUCCAUUUGUAUCUACCUUGACUCGAAAUAUUUCAUUUGUGUGAUAUACAUAUAAGCUUAUCAUCAGUGUAGUUGUUUGUGCAGUUCAUGUUGUUGUUUUGAUUUAUUGUUGAUUUGAUGUAUGUUUUAUCAUGUUUGUAUGUAGUUGGUUGUUAAAAAAAGAAGAUAGCACUUGAGAAGUCGAGUAUCAUAGACAAUUAAUCCUAAGAUGCAGGGUGAUCAUGAACUGCUGGCGAGUUGUGUCGACACCCUCAAAUCACCAAAGUCAAUAAUAAUUAU